AUGUGGGACCGUGAGAAGGGCCGAGCGAGUGGCCCCACCGUGCUGCAGCAUUCAGCGCCGUGCGCUGAGCGAUUCGCUGAGCUGGGUCGUCUCGGUCUGGCGGGCGAUGGACAGGGCGUCGUACGCCUCAUCCUCGUCCCAUUCCGCAUCGUCAACCUCGUCCCCAUCCUCGUCGUCCGCGUUGACGAGCCACGCUGGACGCCACUCCGCAUCACGGGGCUCGAUGCGGACGAGCUCGUUGAGGGUGCAGUCGAUACUCCUCAUCUCGCUCGCUCCUUCGGCUUCGCGCCACGCCUUCCACGCCUGGAAACCAAACGCAAUCUUGGGACCACCACCCAGACGCAGGCGAAGACGCUGCCUAACCUUAGUUCCACCGCGUCAGACUACGACUGCGUGAUGCCAGGGAUGAAUAUCGCAGCCCUCGCACACAACCACACGGCUGCUGUCUUCGACGUUGCCACGCACAAGUCUUCGAUCGAGGCGCGCCUUCCCCCUAUCAACGUCCUCCCGCAGGUGAGCAGCGACAGCCGUAGCGCUACCUCGUCGCCCACCUCGAUCGCCUCGUCGUCGGACGACCUCGAGCAGAGCAAUUCAAUGGACAGCCACGACCAGCCAUCUUCUCCUUCUUCGGAGCUGGACGAGCUCGCACCGCCCAAGGACGACGUCGAGAUGGGCGAUGAUCAUGACGCUCAGCGCCCGCAGUCCUCAUCGACGAAUUCUUCAACUUCAACGUCAACUUCCUCGCCGCCUCUUACCGACUCGCCCAAAUGGACGACUCACUGGGCGUCCCCCGCGCCACCGCCAAAGGCCAUCAACACGUUCGUAGCUCGCAACAGCAUCAGCAAUAGCCCCGCCGCCGCUCAGUCGUGCCUUGGAGUUGCGCGAAGACACCAUCCGUAUGCGCCCUCUAGCGGUCCAUCGUCUCGAGGAGCAACGACGCCCUCCCCAACCUGGCCCGCCCACAUCGGGAUCCACGAUCAGGGCGAGCCUCAUCCAUCCAGUCUGCCGCAAUCAAGGCAUGACAACAACGUCCUCUUCUCCCGUCACGCUUCCGACCUUCACAGCAACCGCGGCCGCUCUGCCACCAUGGCAGGUCCUCCGCACUCAGACCCCCGAAGGCCUAUUGCUCCCCUACGCAACCUAUCCUUCGGCAAGACGGCCACGACGCCGACUUCAGCCUCGCCCGGCAACGACCGCUCGAUGCUCAACGGAAAUACAAUGCACUUCGAUGUGCGCCGGCUUUCUCGAGGAGACAGCGGCGCCACGGCCGACAGCUACGCGCCGUCUACGAUGCCAAGCUCGCCACUCCUCUUCGCACCUCUCACGCCUCAGGGUCAAGAGCAGCCAAGACUGACGCGAGAAGCGCACCGUCCGCUGUAUUCGGUGCCUCAUCCGCCUGCUGCAGCUCCCAUCUACCACGAUGAGAGCCCCUCGGUCAAUUCGGCGCACCUCUCCCCGUACGAGCAGCCUCGCCACUACCCCCUCGAGUCACCAGCUGUGCAGCGUCGCUCUCUUCAGCUCGCACCUCAUCCGCAUCAGCACCAGCAGCACCAGCAGAUGCCGCCACCAGCGCCGUACUACCUCCAGCAGCAGCAUCAGCAGCGUCCCAUGCUAGCCAAGCGCCGCGCCGAGUCAUGGCAAAGUAUGUCCAUGUCUGGCGAGCCCAUCGCACCCGCCGCACAGCAAGCUCAAGUCAACGCUUCUCCGGCUCAACCCCAAUUUGAGCGUCUCCCUUCCAACCGCCGCCGCCGCCGUCCACCUUUCAGCUACUCUUCUCUCAUCGCCCAGGCUAUCAGCUCUUCCCCCGCCGGUCGCAUGACGCUGCGCGAGAUCUACACGUGGAUCAGUAAUGCCUACCCGGACCUUUACUCGAUGGACGGGGCUGACAGCCAAGGAUGGCAGAACACCGUGCGCCACAACCUGUCGCUGAACAAGAGCUUCGUCAAGGUGGCACGCACGGCGCAAGACAUCUACGACAGCUGCGCGUCAGCAAACCCGGCGCAUAGCCAGGCUGCGAGGGGGAAGGGUGGAUGGUGGACCAUUGACCCGGUGGUCGCAACGGCUCAGCUUGGACCCAAUUACCGCGGCACUGAAAAUGGAAGUGCGGCCCAGUCGUCGCCACCUAUGCCGCAGGGCUUCGGCAGGCGAGGAAGCGACGAAGUGUCUUCGGAAGAGCGGGCGUAUCCCUACAGCAACGGAGUGAUCCCUUCGGUCCUCUCUCCGCCUGCUCACUACCAGCAGCAGCCUCCUCAGCACCAUGGCUACGGCCUCGGUGUCGCGGUACACGGAUCCCAGGCUAUGCCUUCGGUCUUGCAGAGCCCGUCAACUCGCAAUCUUCCGCCUAUCACGCACCAAAGCCACCCUCAUCAACAGGCAUUCGCUGGCCUGCCUCCUGUGGCACGCCACGCCGUCAACGAGCGAGAGGCAGAGCUGCCCAUCCCUGCGCACCUUCGACCGAUCUCUGCAACCUACGAGGACAGGGACGUCACGCCCAAGGCGACCGAGUACGUCCAUCGCGUGCGAGACCAGCGUGCCCACCUCGCCACCGAGGAGGGCGUUAGCCCUCGCACGACGUCGACGUCCACCUUUGCAGCCGACAGCUCAUCGUCCUCGUCCUCGUCUGAUAAGCCCGCUUCGGGUCGCAUGGCCAUCAGUGACCUUCUCUGCUAA